GCUCCCGGGGGGCUUCUUGGAGGGGCCUCCUCUCGCCCCACGGCGGCGAGGGCCGUCCUCCGUGGAGGCCCCGCCGCGCAAUGCCGCGCCCACGGUAGGCGCCCUGGCGGGCCAGGGCAGCGGCGCGCCCCGCGAGGCAGGCGCCUCUCAGGCCGGGCCCCGCCUCGGGAUGCGGGCUGCGGGCCAGCCGGCGCCGUGCUGCCUGGGGCGGCCGCCGCGGGAGGCCGCCGUGGAGACCGGGCUUGGGCUGCGGAUCAUUCCAGCGCAGAAGCCGCUGGCCGCUUCGCUUCCGCAUGGGCCCCAUCCGAAUGCGGUCCACACCACGCGCUUCACGCCGCUGACUUGGCUGCCCAAGUCGCUGUGGUGGCAGUUCAAGCGCGUGGCCAACUUGUACUUCGUCUCAUCGCGGUCCUGUCUUGUACGCCGCUGUGGCCAGGCAAGUGGCAGAGCAAGGUUAUGACGGUCGCGUGCAUACUGCUGGCGCAGGCCCUGAAGGAUCUUUUCGAGGACCAGAAGCGGCGGCGCGACGACCGCCUGGAGAACUCGCGGCCGCUCCACCGCUUCGACCCAGGGUCGAUGGUGUUCCAGCAGGCAAGCUGGCAAGAGUGCAGCGUGGGUGACCUGGUGCUCGUGUUUAAAGGAGAGUCCGUUCCGGCAGACCUUCUCGCUGUCGCGUCCUCCGAGGAGCAGGGCCUGCUCUAUGUCUCAACCAAGUCGCUGGACGGGGAGACGAAUCUGAAGCAGAGGAGAAUACCGCCACCCCUAUUGCCGCCGACGGAGGCCAGUGCGGAGUCCGGUGCGGAGGAGGCAUCGAAGAGGGUCUUGGAGUCCAAGAUCGAGGUUUCCUUGGAAAGCCCGCAUGCGAGCCUGCUCAGCAUGGACUGCGCUUGUUCAGUGGCGGGGAGGGAGUGUGGCCUGUGUGUCGACCACUUCGCCAUGCGUGGCUGCGAGCUGCAGAACACGCGGUGGCUCGUCGGCGUGGCGUGCUACGUCGGCAAUGACACCAAGGUGCGCCUGAACUCUUUCCCGCCCCCCGCCAAGACCUCCGAACUCGAGAGCUACCUCAACUACAUCGUUGUGACAAUCCUGACUUGUGUCUUGGCGCUGUGCCUGUACUUUUCGGUGGCCUCCCAAUUGUGGGAGGUCGAGGGGCGCGAGCCGCUGCCGUUCCUGGAGGUAUUCGUAAUGUAUAUGAUCAUUAUGUACCCUGUGAUGCCGAUGACCCUGUACAUCAUGUUCGAGGUCAUGCACCUCGCCAUUGGGCGGCAGAUAGAGACAGACCCGCUCAUGUGCGACGCCGCGACCGCCUCCCACGCCCUGGCCCGGAACACGUCGGUGGUGGAGCAACUUGGGCAGGUCGAUUUCCUCUUCAGCGAUAAAACGGGGACGCUGACGACGAACGAGAUGCGAUUCGCUCACUGCUGCAUCGGGGGCUCCGUCUUCGGAUCCUUCCUGCCCGUGGAGGGCGACGGCGAACCCAAGGGUGUCGAGCAGCUUCGCCGCCUGCUCGCCGGUGAGGCACAGGAGGGCACAGCCGAGCCUCACCUCAGGGCCUUCUUUCAGCUGCUGGCCGUGUGCAGCACCGUGCAGGUGGACGCGGACGGCCUGUACCAGGGCGAGUCGCCCGACGAGGUGGCGCUCGCGACGGCGGCUCGCGCCGCCGGCUUUGGCCUGCUGAGCCGCAGGGCCCAGGGGACUGGCAGCAUCGUGAGGGUGCGGCGGGCCGACGGCCUCGAGGAAGAGCUCUCCGUCGCGCACGUCCUCGCCUUCACGUCGGACCGGAAGCGCAUGAGCGUGGUGUGCCCCACGGGCGCAGGGGGCGCGGUGGUGCUCUCCAAGGGCGCGGACGCCAUCAUGUGCGGCCUGCUGCGGGAGCCUGCGCCCGCAGCCGCCCUGGCGGCGCUCGAGAGCUUCUCCCGCGCGGGGCUGCGCACGCUCGUGGUGGCCCGCCGUGAGAUGAGCGCGCCCGAGUACGCGAGGUGGCGGGCGACGUGGGACACGGCGAGCGCUGCCAUGCAGGGCCGCGCGUCCAUGAUAGCAGACGUGUCCGCUGCCGCCGAGCAGGGCCUCACGUACUUGGGGGUGACGGCUCUGGAGGAUCGCCUCCAGGAUGGGGUGCCAGACACCAUCGCGGCCCUGGGCCGCGCGGGCAUCCGGACGUGGGUGCUGACAGGUGACAAGGUGGAGACAGCCGUGGAGAUCGCAAGAUCUUGCCGUCUGUUCGACGGCGACAUCGAUCUCGUCCGUGUUGUUGGCGCUGCCUCUGGGCAGGAGUGCCAGGCACUGUUGGAGCGGCCAGCAGGCGGUCGCCCAGGACGGCCCUCGAAGCAGGGCCUCGUGCUGGAUGGCGUGUCCCUGCAGUACAUCCUGCACGACGUCAGGUUGAGGCAGCUGCUGUACCAGGUGGGCGAGCGCUGUUGCUCCUGCGUCUGCUGCCGCCUGUCGCCGCUCCAGAAGAGGGAGCUGGUCCACAUGGUCCGUUCGGAAAACCCCAGGGCAAUCACUCUCUCCAUCGGCGAUGGUGCCAACGACGUUCCUAUGAUCCAGGGUGCCCACGUGGGCGUGGGCAUUCGGGGUAAGGAAGGCUCUGCAGCGGUGCAAGCCAGCGACAUGGCCGUCUCCCAGUUCAGGUUCCUGGGCAACCUGGUUUUUUGCCAUGGCAGGAGAUCGUACAGGCGCUUGUCCAUGUUCCUCUGCUUCUUCCUGUAUAAGAGCAUGGCCAUCGCAGUGGGCUACAUUGUCCACGCGCAGGCCACGCUCUUCUCGGGAGACUUGGCCUAUGCCGAGUGGCUAGAUGUAAUAUACAACCCAGCCACUUCCCUAGGUGCAGUUCUCGUCUUGUGCUUGGAUCUCGACGUUCCAGACGAGGUGGCGCUGCGUUCUCCAGAGCUCUACGCUCUGGGGCCCAAGCGGGCGUGCCUCAAUGCACGGGUGAUCUUUGCGUGGACGGCCCAGGCGACUUUCCACGGCUUCGUAGCAUGGUGCGCGCCUAUGUACGUUGUGUCGUCUUCUGAUGACGCGGACCUGCGCACCGAUGCUUUCUGGAAGGCAUCCCUCCUGGCUUUCACUGCAGUUAUAUUUGUAGUCCACCUCCAGCUGGCUUUUGCGACUCGCCAGACGAUCACGCGCUUGGGCAUGCUGCUGACUGCGAUUGAGGUUAUAGGCUACGUCAUGAUGUUAUUCGCCCUUGGUUCCCCGCUUGGCAGAAAAGCAGAGCCAGAGCUGCAAGGCUUGCCUGCUAAAGUAUUCUCCUCUCGAGAGCACCUGUUGUGCUUGUCGAUCCAGCUGGCCGUGCUCGCCCUGCUCAUGCCAGCAUUCGACUGGCUUCUGGCCAGCUGCGUUAGCGAAGGCUGCGGCGGAGCCACGCGCGGCGUUGGCACGUCCAUCCACCCUUCGUGUAACUAUCGCGAUGUGCUGUCGGAAGUAUCUUCGCUCAGCGCCUCGUGCAGUGUUUCGUCUAGCGCUUCAUGCAGCGAUUAA